GUCACACACCCGUCCUCACCACACAAUCCCGUCAUCAUUUGCGGAAUGACUCACUCACCCGGUUUAGCAAGCCCCGGGGAGAGGUCGGAGGGCGCCGGGUGUGAGCUGCCCCACCCGGGCCGCACGAGCUACUUGCGAUUGGUCCACGGCGGGUGGGCGGGGCCUCGCCGCUGCCACAGAUACGGGCUGUUUGGUUUCCUGGGUGUGUGAUGUGUACACAUGUCCCGGGUGCCCGCUCUCCUGUCUCAUUGAGGCAGUGAUGGAGACUCCUGGCAACAGGUAUUCCCGGACCACAGGCUCCACCGUCCUGCAGCCGCUCAGCGAUGCCCUGCACAUGCCCCUGGAGCAGGUCAACUUUGUGACGUGUCAGCUGUUUGCUCUUGUCAUUGCUGUGUGGUUCCGUACCUACCUGAGUCCAAGAAAAGCACAUGCCUCUAUCCGCCAUGGCAUCGCCACAAUCAUUGGUGUUUACCUGGCAGUAUUUUGCUUUGGAUGGUACUCCUUGCACAUAUUUUCUUUGGUUCUUUUGAACUACUGCAUCAUGAUCUAUGCAAGUAUGGAAAAAGUUCACAGUUACUCCUUUAUACUUGCACUGGGAUACCUAACGCUAUGCCAGAUUAACCGAGUGUAUAUAUUCAACUACGGGAUCCUCACGACAGAUUUUUCUGGCCCCUUGAUGAUUGUGACACAGAAAAUCACCACUUUGGCCUUCCAGCUACAUGAUGGAAUGUGCAAAAAUCCAGACAUGCUCAGCAAGCAACAGUUAAAAGAUUCCAUAAAGGGUAAACCAACAUUUCUGGAGUAUAUUAGUUACCACCUGAAUUUCAUGAGUAUCUUGGCUGGGCCAUGUAGCAGUUUCAAUGAGUACAUUGGAUUUAUUGAAGGACGACAUAUACAAUCAAAGUUACUUAUAGAAAAAAGAAAAGAAGACACCACAUUUCCAGAUCCUUCUCCUAAUAAAGCGGUGAUAACCAAACUCCUAAUUUGUGUGGUUUCGCUUAUUCUCUUCCUAACCAUAUCCAAAGCUUUUCCACUCCUACAUAUGUUGGAGGAUAAGUUUAUUGAUGAAUCUCCUUUGUUUUGGAAACUCAUUUAUCUCUAUAUUGCAACAAUGGCGUGUAAACCUAAAUAUUACUUUGCUUGGACGUUGGCUGAUGCAGUAAACAAUGCAGCAGGAUAUGGAUUUAAUGGAAUUGAUGAAAAUGCUAACUAUAGAUGGGAUCUAAUUAGCAAUCUUAAUAUAUGGAAUAUAGAGAUGGCAACAAGCUUUAAAAUGUAUAUAGACAAUUGGAAUAUCCAGACUGCUGCUUGGUUAAAGAGGGUUUGCUAUGACAGGGCGCCAAAAUAUCGCACAGGUUUAACAUUUCUUCUGUCAGCUGUUUGGCAUGGCGUUUAUCCAGGAUACUACUUCACAUUUCUUACUGGCAUUCCCGUCAUGUGGGCUGCAAGAGGAAUGAGACAUGUUUUUCGCCAUUACUUUAUUUCCUCAAAAAUCAGAAAAUUUGUGUAUGACAUCAUCACGUGGAUUGUUACUCAACUGGCUAUUUCCUACACUGUUGCACCCUUUUUCCUGUUGGCGACUGAACCAACCAUUAAGCUCUACAAGUCUAUUUAUUUCUACUUCCAUAUUGUUGUGUUUGUUGCACUUAUUCUUCUGUCAAUAAAGUCAUCUAAUGACCGUCAAGGAACAUUCUCCAAGAGGACUGCUUCCUCUACCACAAACCAUGUUCUAAAGAAACAAGUAGACUCUGUGAAGUUUCAUUCCAGAUGACAUUGAACAAUGUGCAGUGGCUACUAUCUACCAAAGAGACUGCAUUGGACAAUAUGAAUCAAGCAAUUUCUUAUGGAGUUUUAUUGUAUUUAAAAGACUAUGUAAUAUAUUGUAAAGUUUUAAUACUUGACUUGUAUAAGUUGUUUUCUCAUUGAAUGAU